UUAACUUCCAAGUUUCAAGCAGACCAUAUCUUUCCUUCUUUUCAUCAUCAAUACCAAAGAUGGAGCGGCAAGAAAAUGAGAAGAAAUUAGAAAUCUCAGGUGGAGAAACAAAAAGAGAGGAAGCGAAUUUGGUUCAUGAUUCAUCUGUAGACUACAAAGGAAGAGUUCCUAUACGUGCUGCAACCGGCGUUUGGAAAGCUUCUCUCUUUAUCAUCACUAUUGAAUUUAGUGAGAGGCUAAGUUACUUUGGAAUAGCAACAAAUCUCAUCACAUACCUCACCCAAGUGCUUCAUCAAGACGUCAAAACCGCAGCAAAAAAUGUGAAUUACUGGGUAGGAGUGACAACACUCGUGCCUAUAAUCGGGGGGUUCUUAGCAGAUGCCUACACUGGCCGAUACAACAUGGUUAUUUUUGCAUCCCUCGUGUAUCUUAUGGGUCUGAGUCUGUUGACAAUGUCACAAUACAUCCCAAGUCUAAAGCCUUGCAACACAGAGAUAUGUCAACAUCCUAGAAAGCUUCAUGAAGUGCUGCUCUUUGUUGCCUUGUACUUCAUCUCUGUUGGAACCGGAGGUCACAAGCCAUGUCUCCAAAGCUUCGGAGCUGACCAGUUCGACGAUGACCACUUGGAAGAAAGAAAAAACAAAAUGUCUUUCUUCAACUGGUGGAACUUUGCACUUUGUUGUGGGCUGUUUCUUGGUGUAACUGUGAUUGUUUAUAUUCAGGACUCGGUGAGCUGGGGCGUAGCAGCUCUUGUUCUUACAGUCACCCUGGCUGUUACAAUAGUGACGUUUUAUAUGGGGAGGUAUUGUUACCGUUAUAGAGUAGCACAAGGAAGCCCUUUGAAACCCAUGUUACAAGUCUUGGUUGCAGCCAUUAGAAAAAGAAAUUUGCCGAAUCCUGAAAACCCUGAUCUGCUAUUUGAAGUUCCCAGGUCAGAGAAGUCCUCCCAAGGAAGGCUUCUACUUCACACGAAAAGGCUCAGGUUUCUAGACAAGGCUGCAAUACUUGAAGAGAAUGAGUAUCCAUCUGGCGGGCAGAAGCACAGUCCUUGGAGGUUGGCUACAUUGACAAGAGUGGAGGAGUUGAAACUCAUCUUGAACAUGAUCCCCAUUUGGUUCACCUCGUUACCAAAUACAGUGUGUUUAGCACAAGCCCCGACCUUCUUUGUUAAACAGGCUGCUACAAUGAACCGAAACGUUACUAACAACUUCAAGAUCCCACCGGCCUCCAUUUACUCCCUUGGAGCCAUUUCAAUGCUAAUCUCUGUCACGGUCUAUGACAAAAUUGUUGUUCCAAUUCUUCGGAAAGCCACUGGAAACGAAAGGGGUAUGAACAUCCUCCAUAGGAUCGGCUUAGGGAUGUUACUUGCGGUGGUGGCAAUGUUUGUGGCGGCACUAGUUGAACAAAAAAGGCUGGACUAUGCUGAUCCAAAAGCUAUGAGUGUGUUCUGGUUAGCUCCCCAGUACAUAAUUCUUGGAAUAGGGGAUGCAUUUUCUCUGGUUGGUUUGCAAGAGUAUUUCUAUGACCAAGUUCCAGACUCAAUGAGAAGUCUGGGGGUUGCUUUGUACUUGAGUGUGAUUGGGGUUGGGAGCUUCAUGAGCAGCUCUCUAAUUACUAUUUUGGAUCAUGUUACAAAGAAGGAUGGGAGGAGUUGGUUUGGGAAGGACUUGAGUAGUAGUCGCUUGGACAAUUUCUUCUGGCUAUUGGCAGCCCUGAAUGUGUUGAAUAUAUGUGUGUAUGGGUAUUUGGCUUGGGGUUAUACCUACAAAAAUGUUGAGAGAAGAGUAGUUCCGGGUGAUAGUUCUGUGACUAAUGGAAAUGAUCAAUCCAUGGCUUGAUCUGUGUACACAUGACAUUAUGUAACGGGAUAGUGACGAGUUUUAAUAUGUGUACAUAUAUAUGGAAUCAUGUAAUAAUAAAAUGAAAUGGGUAGUAAUUGCUUCCUUGA